AUGUCAUACACGAAGAAUGUUCAUAAAAUAACUGAUAAAAGUAGAAUAGACACCCAGACGACCGAGGACAAUGACGACAAAGAUCAAAUUAAUUGUGAAGAAAACAAAAACUGUACAUACGCUGUAACGGUGUCGAAAAAGUCUUCAGCGGCAGAGGAAACUGCUUUGUGUGCAGGACAAAAGUCAUUUAUAAGCAUACACUCAACUGAUUAUCCGUGUCAAGUGUCAGAUAUAGAAAACCCAGCCAAUCUCGAGGAAUGCAACGUUGAAGUAUUGAGUCUUAACGAAGUUUUCCCUUCAACAUCCGAAGAAAGUCUAUCAGACGAUGAGUCUCCUGUACGUAGAAGACAUUCGAAGAAGAAAGCACAAAAAGCACAACAGGAUUCCGCUAAAACAGCAUACGUGCCCUCAAACAGCAAAUCUUCCACAACCUCUGGCAGACAAAAGGAAAUCUUAGACGUUGGAGUGCCAGUGCAUUCUGAUUUUGACCUACCGAAAAACACUUUAUACGUAACAGGAAGUAAUCCCGGAGAACCGAAAAUGGCGUACCAAGAUCCGCCUAAGAAAAUAUCAAAAACUAUGAAGAAAUUCCUUCGCAAUAUCGACAAACAUAAAAAUGAACAAAUGAGUAAAAGCACGGAAAAGGCUAUAAGUAAACUAACUACUAUGCGUGGGAUUCUUAAAGAUGGCCGCUGCGGCCCGGAGUGUACCGGUGACUCGUCUUUACACGAUACAGAAGGAUAUAACGCUUCUGAAGACUUGACAUUCACUAUGGAUUUUGGUCCACAAACAAAUUAUGCCAAGCAAAUACCAGAUAAGAAUGUGUCAUUCAACACGCAAGUUGUAAUAAUUCAUUUCACCGGUGACCUUUGUGUAGGUCAGAGUAUCGAAACACUAAGCAAGGAAAAGGACCAACAAGCGAGGAAUUCGGAACUAAGGAAAACAUUUUUAACAAAAUACAACGAACUAUGGCCCACCCAAAAGUAA